UGAGUUGGCCGGCGUGUCGGGUCCUCCGGGGCCGCGAUGGUCCCUUCCCAGCCUUAGCUGCGGGAGGAAUAGCGGCGCGGACCGCCUUGGGAGCUUGGUCUCUGGGGCCGACUGGGUGGCAGAGCCCUUCUCUCCCCGAGCGCACCCCUCGCCCUCCUUACGCAGGCACCACACCUGUUGGUGUCCCGAUGGAGCAGCAUGCUAGCCCUCCCAACGGAAAAGCCAAAGAGGAAAGUAAUGUUGUGCCUCUUUGUCGAGCCAAACCCUCCCCUAGCUUUAUUAAUCUUCAAGCAAGUUCCCCACCGGCCACUUUCCUGAACAUCCAGAACACAAAGCUGCCCUCAGUUGACCACAAGCCCAAGGAAUGCCUGGGACUCCUAGAAUGUAUGUAUGCCAAUCUCCAGCUCCAGACCCGGCUCACCCAACAACAGAUGGCUAUUUUGGAAAAUUUACAAGCAUCCAUGACACAGCUGGCUCCUGGGAAGGGAAGCAAGAACUUUUCUCUCCCAGCCUUAUCCUGCAAUCUGUUGUUAAAUCACCUGCCCCAGUUCAGUAAAUGAAUUGUGGAACAAA